AUGUCCAUCUUCACUUGCCUCUGCAUCGCGCUCGCGACCACCAUCAUUUACCCCCUGGCUCGAAUAUACACCCACUACCGUCCCCUCCGAGACUCCCCCGUCCCCGUGCUCAUCGUCGCGAUCUCCCUCCCGAGGUCAGUUCGAGGGAUAUUCUCGCUCCUCGACGCCAACACCCGCCUCGCCAUCUUCUUCUCGCUGGCCCGCUUCCAAACGCACUCGUGGAACUUCCGCGACAAAUUCGCCCUGCAUGCGCGCUACGGUAAGUCCUUCUUCCUGGUCACACCCUGGGGACGCGAAUUCGUGACGGCCGACUGGCCCGUGGCGGAGCGCAUCCUCACACGCAGGAAGUCGUUUGCCAAGCCCCUGGGCUUGCUGGACAAGCUCGAGCUCUUCGGCCCGCACCUCGCCUCGGUCGAAGACACAACCUGGCAACGCCACCGCCGCAUCACGACCAACGCCUUCAACGCCCACACCGACCAAACCGCCUGGCACGAGUCGCUGGCGCGCGCAGCCCAUCUGUCCGCAAUCUGGACACGGCAUGAGACCACCAUAACGAGCACAUUUCCCGACCUCGCGAACAUCAGUCUGGACGUGCUCUUCCGCGCCUGCCUUCCCGUCGCCGCGCCACAGGCCCCAGGAUUCUCAACGCAGGAGUGCAAAACAAGUCUACUUCGCUUCCUCGAGUCGCUGACCGUGCCAUCGCGCUGGGUCCUGCCAUACCCAUUGGGUCGUCGUCGCGCGAACCCCCUCAGGACAAGUGCCAGAGACCUCGGCGCCAACAUCGCGCGACUGGUCGCCCACCGCCGACGAUCACCGCUCGAGUCGACCCUGGGAGGGGAUCUACUCUCCACACUGCUCAAAUGCGAGGACAAGAGUAGAACCGGUCGCAGGGACUGGUUGGCAGCUGACGAGAUCCAGGGCAAUCUGUUCCUGUUCCUGUUUGCCGGACAUGAGACCACAGCGAAUACGCUGCUCUACGCAGUGUAUCUCCUUGCUAUCUUCCCGACGUGGCAGGUGUGGGUGGGUGAGAAGAUUGAUGCGUUGCUUGGGGACGGGGAGCCGGGGUUUGAGGUGUUUGGGAGGGCGAUCAGGCUUCGGGCUGUUAUGAUGGAGACGCUGCGGCUGUACGGGCCUGUUGUCAAUGUGCUGCGCGAGACGCGGGGCCGCGAGGAGAUCGUCCAGCGCGGGGAGACGGCGGUGGUUGUGCCCGCGCACACGGCGAUUCGCGUGAAUAGCGUUGCUUUGCAUACGGAUCCAGAUACGUGGGGGGAGGAUGCGCUGGAGUGGCGGCCCGCGCGGUGGGUGCUUGCGCCGCGCGGAGGGGCUGGAGCUGUGCACGACGAGGUUUUCGAUGCGCAGAUGGAGCGACAUCUCCUGGCGUGGUCGGAGGGGCCCCGGGUGUGUCCCGGGAAGCGGUUUGCGCAGAUCGAGAUUCUCGCCGUGCUGCUGCAGCUGUUGCGCCGGCAUCGCGUCGAGAUCGUGCCUGAUGCUGGCGAGACGGUGGCGCAGGCGCAGAAGCGGGCGUGGCAGCGCGUGCAGAUGAGCUCGAUGAGUCUCACGCUGCAUAUUCCUCAGCCGGAGAGGGUGCGUCUGCGGUGGGUGAGGCGA